AUGACGGUGACACCGCAGAUCACGGUGAGCGACGGGAGGCUGGCGGUGCGCGGCCGGACGGUGCUGUCCGGCGUGCCGGACAACAUCGCCGCGGCGCACGCUGCGGGGGCUGGGCUCGUCGACGGGGCCUUCGUCGGCGCCACGGCCGCCGAGGCCAAGAGCCACCACGUCUUCACCUUCGGAACUCUCCGCGAUUGCCGAUUCAUGUGCCUGUUCCGGUUCAAGCUGUGGUGGAUGACGCAGCGCAUGGGCACCUCCGGCCGCGACGUCCCGCUGGAGACCCAAUUCAUCCUCAUCGAGGUCCCUGCCGCCGCCGGCAACGACGACGACGACUCGGACGGCGACAGCGAGCCGGUGUACCUGGUGAUGCUGCCGCUGCUGGAGGGGCAGUUCCGCACGGUGCUCCAGGGCAACGACCAAGACGAGCUCCAGAUCUGCAUCGAGAGCGGGGACAAAGCGGUGCAGACGGAGCAGGGCAUGAACAGUGUGUACGUCCACGCCGGCACCAACCCCUUCGACACCAUCACCCAGGCCGUCAAGGCCGUUGAGAAGCACAUGCAGACGUUCCACCACAGGGAGAAGAAAAAGGUGCCGUCGUUUGUGGACUGGUUCGGGUGGUGCACGUGGGACGCUUUCUACACGGACGUGACGGCCGACGGCGUCAAGCAAGGGCUCCGCAGCCUGGCGGAGGGCGGCGUGCCGCCUCGGUUCCUCAUCAUUGACGACGGCUGGCAGCAGAUCGGCAGCGAGAACAAGGAGGACCCCAGCGUCGCUGUCCAGGAAGGGGCGCAGUUCGCGAGCAGGCUCACCGGCAUCAAGGAGAACACCAAGUUCCAGAGCAAGCAUGACCAGGACGACACCCCGGGGCUGAAGCGGCUGGUGGAGGAGACCAAGAAGGAGCACGGCGUCAAGAGCGUCUACGUCUGGCACGCCAUGGCCGGCUACUGGGGCGGCGUCAAGCCGUCGGCGGCCGGGAUGGAGCACUACGAGUCGGCGCUGGCGUACCCCGUGCAGUCGCCGGGCGUCACGGGCAACCAGCCGGACAUCGUCAUGGACUCGCUCUCCGUGCUCGGCCUCGGCCUCGUGCACCCCCGCAAGGUCUACAACUUCUACGACGAGCUCCACGCCUACCUGGCCGCCUGCGGCGUCGACGGCGUCAAGGUGGACGUGCAGAACAUCGUGGAGACCCUCGGCGCGGGCCACGGCGGCCGCGUCGCGCUCACCCGCGCCUACCACCGCGCGCUAGAGGCCUCCGUCGCCCGCAACUUCCCGGACAACGGCUGCAUCUCCUGCAUGUGCCACAACACCGACAUGCUCUACAGCGCCAAGCAGACCGCCGUCGUGCGCGCCUCCGACGACUUCUACCCGCGCGACCCGGCGUCGCACACCGUCCACAUCUCCUCCGUCGCAUACAACACGCUCUUCCUCGGCGAAUUCAUGCAGCCCGACUGGGACAUGUUCCAUAGCCUGCACCCGGCGGCGGAGUACCACGGCGCGGCGAGGGCCAUCGGCGGCUGCCCCAUUUAUGUCAGCGACAAGCCUGGGAACCACAACUUCGACCUUCUCAAGAAGUUGGUGCUCCCCGACGGCUCCGUGCUCCGCGCGCAGCUCCCCGGCAGGCCCACGCGCGACUGCCUCUUCUCCGACCCGGCGCGCGAUGGUGCCAGCUUGCUCAAGAUAUGGAACAUGAACAAGUGCGCCGGCGUGGUGGGGGUGUUCAACUGCCAGGGCGCGGGGUGGUGCCGCGUCGUCAAGAAGACGAGGAUCCACGACGAGGCGCCCGGGACGCUCACCGGCUCGGUGCGCGCCGAGGACGUGGAGGGCAUCGCUCAGGCCGCCGGCACCGACGACAGGGGCGGUGACGCCGUGGUGUACGCGCACCGGGCGGGGGAGCUCGUGCGGCUGCCCCGGGGCGCCACGCUGCCGGUGACGCUCAAGAGGCUCGAGUACGAGCUGUUCCACGUCUGCCCCAUCCGCACCGUGGCGCCGGACGUGUCCUUCGCGCCCAUCGGGCUGCUCCACAUGUUCAACGCCGGCGGCGCCGUCGAAGAAUGCACCGUCAAGACGGACGAGGACGACAAGGCCACUGUGGCGCUCAGGGUGCGCGGCUGCGGCCGGUUUGGCGCGUACUGCUCGCGGAGGCCGGUGAAAUGCUCCCUCGACUCGGGUGACGUGGAGUUUGGCUACAACACCGAGAAUGGGCUCGUCACGGUCGAUGUGCCGGUCCCGGAGAAGGAUAUGUACCGGUGGACGUUGGAGAUUCGGGUCUAG